GAUAAAAUGCUCCAGGGCUCCGCUUGCUGCCGAGGAUCCCUCCCCGCCCUGCCCCUGCCGUGAUCCCGACCCCCGCCGCAGCCCAGCCAGGACCCCCGACCCCGCCGGGCUCCGAUGGAAGAGGCGCCGGGCCGGAGCAGCCCCCCCGGGACGGAGGGCGCCCCAUGAGCCCCCCCAGAUGAGCCACGCAGCCAAGGGGGAGCCCCCUGGGGCCGGCAUGGCGCAGGAGGGGCCGCCCGCCUUCUACCCCAGCCAGGAGCUCGACCUGUCCACCAAGGUGUACAAGAGGGAGUCAGGGAGCCCCUUCUCGGUGCUGGUGGACAGCAAAGUGAGCAAGGGCCACCUCCACGAGAGGGAGGAGCAGCCGUUUUUCAGGGAGAGCAGAGCGGUAGGAGAGGUCCGGGCUGUGAAAGAAGACAGGGAAAACUCUGACGACUCUGAGGAGGAGGAAGAGGAGGAAGAUGAAGUGACUUACAAAAGGGAGCAGAUUAUAGUGGAGGUAAACCUUAACAACCAAACCUUAAAUGUGUCCAAAGGGGAGAAGGGUGUCCCCUCCCAGUCCAAAGAGACUGCUGUCCUUAAGAGCAGCAGUGAGGAAGAGGAGGGUGACAGUGGGGAAGAGGCCACGGAAGACAGUAAUGAUUAUGAGGAGAAUGAGAGGCAGAAGAAAAAGGAGAAAAGAGUGGAGAAGGUUAGUGUUGGCCAGAGGAGAAGCAGGAGAGCCGCCUCUGCCGCGGCCGCCGCCGCCUCCCCGGCGCCCCGAGCGACGCGGGGGCGCAGGAAGAGCGCGGAGCCCCCCAAGCGUAAGAAGAAAGCUGCAAAGGAGCCCAAGGCACCUGUGCAGAAAUCAAAGUGUGAAGAGAAGGAGACUCUGACCUGUGAGAAGUGCCCCAGGGUGUUUAACACACGCUGGUACCUGGAGAAGCACAUGAACGUCACCCACAGGCGGAUGCAGAUCUGCGACAAAUGUGGGAAGAAAUUUGUGCUAGAGAGUGAGCUGUCCCUCCACCAGCAAACUGACUGUGAAAAAAACAUCCAGUGCGUGUCCUGCAACAAAUCCUUCAAGAAGCUCUGGUCUCUGCACGAGCACAUCAAGAUCGUGCACGGCUACGCCGAGAAGAAGUUCUCCUGCGAGAUCUGCGAGAAGAAGUUCUACACCAUGGCCCACGUGCGCAAACACAUGGUCGCCCACACCAAGGACAUGCCCUUCACCUGCGAGACCUGCGGCAAGUCCUUCAAGCGCAGCAUGUCCCUCAAGGUGCACUCCCUGCAGCACUCGGGGGAGAAGCCCUUCCGCUGCGAGAACUGCGACGAGAGGUUCCAGUACAAGUACCAGCUGCGCUCCCACAUGAGCAUCCACAUUGGCCACAAGCAGUUCAUGUGCCAGUGGUGUGGCAAGGACUUCAACAUGAAGCAGUACUUCGACGAGCACAUGAAAACCCACACUGGAGAGAAGCCCUUCAUCUGCGAGAUCUGCGGCAAGAGCUUCACCAGCCGGCCCAACAUGAAGCGGCACCGGCGCACGCACACGGGCGAGAAGCCGUACCCGUGCGACGUGUGUGGCCAGCGCUUCCGCUUCUCCAACAUGCUCAAGGCGCACAAGGAGAAAUGUUUCCGCGUCACCAGCCCUGGCACCAGCCCCGGCCCCGGCCCCGCCGGCCCCGCGCUGCUGCCCGCGCCCUGCCCGGCCCCUCCGGCCGCCGCCGCCGCCCAAUUCCNNNCCGCCGCCGCGCUGGGGCUGGGCCCGGCCGCGCCCCCGCGCCCCGUCCCGCACCCCUACGGCGCCCUGGCCCUGCCGCCCCACGGGCACCACCCCCACGGGCACCACGCCCAGCACCUGCCCGUGCCCCCCGUGCCCCACCUGCCGCCGCCCCCCGCCCUGUUCAAGAGCGAGCCCCUGAACCACCGCGGGCACGGCCACGGCCACGGCGGCGACGGCUUCCUGCGGCACCUGGACAAGGGCAGCCCGGCACAGCCGCACUGACACCGGCUGGCACCCAGGUUUGGGAGCUGGGAUAUCCAGGUUUGGGAGCUGGGAUAUCCAGGUUUGGGAGCUGGGAUAAUCCAGGUUUGGGAGCUGGGAUGGGAUCUGGGAUGGGAUUGAGCUGCUGUGAGCAUGGGCACAGCCAUGGCUUCCUGCAGCACCUGGACAAGGGCAGCCCGGCACAGCCGCACUGACACCGGCUGGCACCCAGGUUUGGGAGCUGGGAUAAUCCAGGUUUGGGAGCUGGACUGGGAGCUGGGGUGGGAUUGAGUUGAUGUGGGCACGGGCACAGCCAUGGCUUCCUGCGGCACCUGGACAAGGGCAGCCGCACUGACACGGGCUGGGGUCAGGGACCUGGGAUCCAGAAUCCAGCUCUGGGAUCUGAUCCAGCUCUGGGAUCCCGUCUGGCUCUGGAAUCUGAUCCAGCUCUGGGAUCCUGGCUCUGGGAUCCUCCCUCCCACCACCCCACCCCGCUCCGGGGCCGAGCUCUGCCCCACCCCCCGGGUCCCCUCUCGAGGACCCCCAGGACUGAAACGCCCCAAAUUUGUGUUUUCCCGGUGACUUUUCUAAAUCCCGGCUCCCGAGCCUGGUGGAAUUUUCUAAUUUCAUAUCAGCUGACGAGGUUUGCUUGGCUUUUAUAUCCUGGCCCUCUCCUCAAAGAGGAGGCGGGCCCGGGCUCUUUGUACUAAUGGGAAAGGCUGUGAGUUAAUUAAUACAGAGCAUUAAUGAUCACUGUGUACGUAAUGAUUCCUUUCAGCACCCCGAGCUCGGAGCAUUCACCCAGAAAAGCAAAAAAAAAAAAAAAACAAAAAGGAAAAAAGAAAAAAAAAAAACCAACCCACCCCUCCCGUUGUUUUUGUGUAGCUCUCCUAACACACUUCUUUAUUUUACUACAGAAAUUAUUUUAGAGGUUUUUUGUAUAGAUCCUAUUUAGUAGAGUCUGUUUCUAAAACAAAAAAAAGCAAAAAAAAAAAAAAAUUGAUGAUGAUGAUAAUAAUAAUAAUAAUUGUAUUUCCAUAAACGGUGUAAUUUUUUCAGUGUAGCUGCACCUCUGUUGUACAAUAGAGAAAUUUUUAUAAUCAGC